GAAUACUUCCGCCGCCAUCUUGUCACGUGACCUCCGUGUCCUUGGUUCGCUAACAUCUGACAUGUGAGCAGCAAAAAAUAUGUCUUUCACUAAAAAGACCGGCGGUAAGGCACUGGACGUUUUGCAGAAUUUGCCGAGAAUAACUUUAGCAAAUUUACGGCCUGAACCAGGAGCAAAGAAGGCUGAAAGGCGGCGGGGCAGAGGGCAGCACGGUGGCAACAGGAGCGGGAGAGGUCACAAAGGAGAGCGGCAGAGGGGAACCAGACCUCGGCUGGGGUUCGAGGGAGGACAGACCCCCUUCUAUUUGUUGAUUCCCAAAUACGGCUUCAAUGAAGGCCACAGUCUGCGUCCACAGUAUCCCCCGUUGACGUUGAAACGACUCCAGUAUUUGAUUGAUCUGGGACGGGUCGACCCAACACAGCCCAUAGACCUGACCCAGCUUGUCAAUGCCAGAGGAGUGACCAUCCAGCCUAUGAAGAGGGACUAUGGAGUCCAGCUUGUUGAUGAGGGGUCUGACAUUUUUGCAGCAAAAAUCAACAUUGAGGUUCAGAGAGCGUCUGAGGGAGCCAUAGCUGCUAUCGAACGAAACGGAGGCGUCAUCACCACCAGCUUCUAUGAUCCCAUAAGUCUCGGAAUUCUUAUCAAACCCGUCCCGUUCUUCAUGCGGGGGCAGCCGAUCCCGAGGCGGAUGCUGCCGCGGGAGGACAUGGUUCCGUAUUACAUGAGUGCUGAAAACCGAGGUUACUUAGCAGAUCCGGAAGAAAUCCAGCAGGCCCGCCUGGCCCUGGCGCAGAAGUACGGCUACGUGCUGCCAGAUAUUUCAAAGGAUGAACUUUGUCACAUGCUGGCCAUGAGGAAGGAUGUUCGACAGAUCUUCUUUGGCCUGUCUCCAGGCUGGGUCGUUAACAUGCCGGAGAAGAAGAUCCUGAAACCAACUGACGAGAAACUGCUGCAAUAUUACUCCUCAUAGGUGCUAACUUGGUACACAUGUCCUUUUAUAUGUCCAAAUUAAACCUAAUCUUGAAAGUUA